AUGGGAGCAGACAACGCCACGACAAUUCGCUGGGGGAUUAUGGGUAAAGAUUGCGCAAAACCCUCUGAUCUGAUACGUGGCACUUGCUUACCAAAAAUAGCAACGGGGGAGAUUGCCAAACUAUUUGUCAAGGACCUCCUGAUCGACCCGGCCACGCGCGGAACACACGACAUUCGACAUGUUGUCACUGCGGUGGCUUCCAGCUCAUCCAAGGAGUCUGCAGACAGGUUUAUUCGACAUAAUAUCGCCUCCAAACUGUCGGAAGGUAUCAGCUGCACCGCAUACGGAUCAUACGAAGAGUUGGUGGAAGACGCCAACGUGGACGUUUUGUAUAUAGCAAGCCCACAUUCGCACCAUUAUCAGAAUUGCAUGCUAGCACUCGAAAGCUCCAAGCCCAUCCUUUGUGAGAAACCCCUCACGGUGAAUGCCAAACAAGCCAGGGUGCUCUAUGAAACGGCCCAGCGGCAGAACCUCUUCUUGAUGGAAGCGGUUUGGACGCGGUAUUUCCCUCUCAGUACUGCAGUGCGCCAAUACAUCCAAGACGGCUUGAUCGGAGAGGUCCUGCGCGUCUAUGUAGACAAUUCGACUGGUGUGGACAUUUCCAAGCUGAGCUCUACUCACAGAUACCUAGACAAGGAGCUAGCCGGAGGAGCUCUCUUGGAUAUUGGUAUUUAUCCUUUGAUAUGGGUCUUUCAGACUCUGUAUCACACGCGAGAGAAACAUCAGCGACAGAAGCCUAGCCGAGUCGUGAGUCUGCUCACAUACGAAAAGGCUUCCGGCACCGAUCAAAUGGCAUCGGUUAUGGUAGAGUUCCCAUCUUCGACACCGUCGGGCACCUCAGUGGCGCACGGCAUCAUGUCUACCUCAAUGAUUCUUUCCAAUGACGCAGAUGGGAAGGGGUCGUCAGGUACCGCAGUGCGCAUACAGGGGCUGGAGGGAGAGAUUCAGAUCGUCGGCCCAGUUCAUCGGCCGGAGUCCGUGAGGAUUAUUCGCAAAGGGGAAUGCAGGACAGUUCAUUUCGAGAUUCCGGCUGGUGGCCAUGGCAUGUACUGGGAGGCCGACGAGGCUGGACGGUGCAUUCGGGACGGAAAGAUCCAGAGCGAUGUAAUUCCCUGGGAUGAGUCCGUGGCCAUCAUGGAGGUGGUGGAUGAGAUCCGGGCACAAGCGAAUUAUUCCUACCCCGAGCAGAUUGAGUCAACGGAGUAUCCCCUCAAUUUGAAGAAGAAGGCUCCGUGA